AUCCCUAUCAGUCCUUGUAGCAUAUUGUUAAAUGGAAUCCCAUUUCUGAAAAUAGAUCUAGUAUCGUAGUCAUUUUCUAAUUUUAGAUUCAACUUGUAGCGGAAUUUCCAAUUUUUCCAAAUUCGCACUUUCGGAUAAAACAGAUAUCCGGUAAUUUCCAGCCGCGUGAUAUAUACAGUAUACGCAUUUGUUUCCAUCUGAUGGUUAUUUACGGUUCAAUUACUGAUAUGUGUUCUAGAUGUCAUCCCUAACGUUUGUCAAAACGGCAGAAAUGUUUUAAUGAUAUAAUAUAACUUUUAUAUCGUUGAAAGUUUUCUGUUGUUUCAGAACAUCGCAAUUUAUCAUAAAAACGAAAGAUGGGAAACCCAUUUAGCAGAUGUUGUGUGAACAAAAAGGUAGAUGAGAGAAAAACAAACGGAGAUGCCAGGGACCGCAAGAUAAAUGAACGGGCUGGACGGUCUGAGAGUAGGAGAUAUUCACGAAACAAAAACGAAGGAACGACUAUAAUUUCAAAUAAAGUGGAAAUAGGAACAUGCAAACUUUCUAUCGGUCAAAACGCUAGGAAUGUUACUAUCAAUCACCUUGGAGAAAACAAAUCUAAAACAACAACAAAGUCUAUUGCAAAGGAUGGACACCAAGAAAGAAAAGACAUAUUCACCAGUAGAUACACGAAAACAUCUGCUGCAAACCUGGAAAACAGAACAUUUGAUUCUGUAUCAGCUGGCAAUUUCAUAGACAACAGGAAUGUUCAUAUUAUGGACUACAUAUAUUUUAUUCAAGAACUAGAAACGUUUUCUCACAGUGUGUGCCAAAUACGAUUCCCGGGAGGAACAGGGACAGGGUUCAGAGUUGGUUCAAAAUAUAUAAUGACUGCAUACCAUGUCGUGAAAGGAAUUCUUGCAGCAUCUUAUCAAAGACUUGGAUCAAAUGACCACGAUAUCAUUGAUUCACUGCAAAACAGCAGCGUAUAUUGUGCAUUUGAAUAUUUUAAAAACAAUGAACCUGAGAAAGAAAGAAAAUAUCGUUUCAAGCCAACGAUACCUUUCAAGAAUGAAGAAACUGAUACAGCUAUUAUAGAGUUGGUGGAUAAUUUAGAUGGUACACCCAUGCCACCGCCGUUCGAACUGUUUGGAUUUCCGGACCUCACCGGCAGAUUUACACUGAUGGGACACGAGGGAAGUAUAAUGAAAUAUAAUACGGUGGACCAGAUUAUUAACAGAGAUCAUCAUAUCACAUUAGAAGACAUUCAGUUGGUAAAGGAGUAUAACAAUACAAAAACGAACGAGUCAUAUGAAUUUCCACCUUAUAAUACGCUAACAAAUGAAAAUAGAAUCUUGUUUCAUUGCAAAUUUAGUAAGGGUGCAUCCGGAAGCCCUGGUAUGCUAGUUUUUGAAAAUGGAAGUGUUGUAGUUGUAACAAUGUUGCUUUGUGGUUAUCCAAAUUGGUACUAUAAUGAGAGAAUUGAUCGACAAUUAAGAUCAGAUUGGCCAGAAGAAUAUUGUAUUGAGCAGGGUGCAGAUAUGGUGAAGGUCGGUAAUAUCAUGCGUAUAGAGAAUCUACAAUUAUACCAAGACAUAUUUUGUAGAAAGCAACUUCCAAACCCUGCUUUGUAAAGGAAUUAGAAUGCAUUAAAAAGUAGCCUGAGGAUCACCUCCUUUUAUCAACUGUUUUCGAAAACAAUCAAACAUCGCAAAGUAGGCCGAAUUUUAUACAUAAUACUGACAUGAGGAUAGGUAAGAAAAAAGGGCUUGGGGUGUUGGAGAAGUGAUAUAUUCAACAGGGAAAGCCAGGCAACAAGAUCGCAGCCUCUCUAGAUCACAAGCCACAUCAGUGUAAGCAAGGACGCACACAAGACAACGCGCACAUGCGCAAGGCCCCAAACACAAUGCAAAUCAUUGAUUGGAAGAGAAAAAUAAUUAUAGGAUAAACAAAUACAUACAAGAGCGUUACAAGUAUAAAAACUGUGGUCAAACAUGUAAAAUACUUUUUUGUGGAUCAUCUCAUCAUAACGUUUAUAAGCCUGGAUCGGCAUUGCCUAAGUGAUGCCUAUAUUUGAUUUGAACCUUUUCUCCAAAACAUAGUUAUCACAAUUGUCUGUUUCUACGAUAAAAUUUAAUGCGAGUUUGACACAUUUAGUGGGACCACCCUGCUUGCUCAUUUGCCCUAUCGUGCUUGUUCAUUUAGCAAACAAAGUGUCUUUUAGACGGUUCAUAACGUCACCACUAAAACUUCUACUCAAGCUUUCUUAAAUCCCUAAGGUAAACUGGGAAUACUCUGGAUUCACGAUUGCUAUGGUACUUGCGUACUAGCAGCCCUUUUAAGACUUGUAGCAGAUGCAAUCGCCACAAUGUUUAAAUGAUAAAAUUGAUAUGUGAAUAAUAAAAAUAUAGGUACAUGUAUAUAUUUCAUUUACUAGUAUUUUAUAUGAUAGAUAGUUUGUAUUAACAAAACUGAAACUUC